UAUUGUAGAUCCGGCCUUCCCAGGCCUUUCUUCUAGCAUUAAAGGACUCCCCGUUGUAUUAUACAGCGACACCGUUAUACCAGUAAUAUUAAGGUACUGGAAGAAAGAAAAAGUUUCGUGACGUUCGACCUUUUCAAUUGUGACGCAAUUAGAAGAUUGUAGACGUGUCGCCGAAUUGGUAUUUUCCGAUUUGACAUACAAGAUCUUUUGGUAGUUGUCGGAUACGAAUUAAGGCAAAAUGACGAAGAAAGGGAAGAAAAAGAAGCAGCAGAACAAACAAGAAGGUGCAUCAACUUCAGAUACUACUGAUGAGCCAUUGCAAAGUCCAUCAACCUCACAGCCUCAACAAGAGCAACAACAACAAACAGGAACACAGAAAAAGACCUUACAACAAUCAGUAGAAAAACCUCAACAAGGGCCACAAGAGCAAGCUGCACCACAACUACAAGGAGCAUGGGCCAAAAAACAGCAACAAACACAACUACCAUCACAACAACAACAGCAAAUGCCAACACAUCCACCGCAACAACAGCAAAUGCCAGCACAUCCACCGCAACAACGGCCACAAGGAGCAUGGGUACGACCACAGCAACAACAGCAGAAGAUGCCAACACAGCCACCGCAACAACAGCCACAAGGAGCAUGGAUACGACCACAGCAACAACAGCAGCAGAUGCCAACACAGCCACAGCAACAACAGCCACAAGGAGCAUGGACACGACCACAGCAACAACAACAGCAAAUACCAACACAUCCACCGCAACAACGGCCACAAGGAGCAUGGGUACGACCACAGCAACAACAGCAGCAGGUGCCAACACAGCCACCGCAACAACAGCAGCAAAUGCCAACACCUCCACCGCAACAACAGCAGCAGAUGCCAAUACAGCCACCGCAACAACAACCACAAGGAGCAUGGGUACGACCACAGCAACAACAGCAGCAGAUGCCAACACAGCCACAGCAACAACAGCCACAAGGAGCAUGGACACGACCACAGCAGCAACAACAGCAAACGCCAACAUCUCUACCGCAACAACGGCCACAAGGAGCAUGGGGACGACCACAGCAGCAACAACAGCAAAUGCCAACAUCUCUACCGCAACAACAGCCACAAGGAGCAUGGACACAACCACAACAACAACAACAAAAAGUCUCAGUUGAUAUAGGUGGUGCCGGUGACUCUCGGCAAAUACAAACUAGAAGUUCUGACAUACAACAACCACAGCCAUCAACAAGUGCUGAAUCGCUCAAGAUGUCUGAACUUUCCAUGAGAGAUACAUUACAACCAACAAAGACUUCUUCAAAAGCAAAAAUGACAUCUUCCGCAAUGAAACAAUAUCAAUUAUGUAUACCAAAAAGGCGAAAUCCUAUGAAAGGCGGAACAUUAGGAACACCAAUUCGUGUUGUAACAAAUAUGUUCGAAGUAAUAUUUAAUAAAAAUUUUGUGACUAAUGCAAUACAUUAUGAUGUGAGCAUCACGCCUAAUGCUCCAAAAAGAAUACACAAAAGAGUUUUUGAUGCAUGCAGAAAUACUUAUUUUGGCAAAAGACAUCCAGCAUAUGACGGAAAGAAGAACGCUUAUAGUGCAAAUGAUCUUCCAUUCAACGAUUAUAUGGAGACUGAUAUUGAAAUCCGUGAAGAGGACUCCGAUAGGCAGAGGACAUUUAAAAUUGCCUUGAAAAAAGUAGCUGUUAUUGAUCUUUCCUGGAUAAAAAAUUUGCGACCUGGUCUCGAUGAAGCAGACAGAGAUCAAACUGGUAUACAAGUUUUAGAUAUCAUCAUGCGCCAUGCUGCUGAAGUGACGUAUAACUGUGUUGGAAGAUCAAUAUAUUGGGAUGUCGGAUCCAGAAGAGAUGAGGAAAAGAUUAAUUUAGGUAAAGGCUUGAUUCUAGGGACCGGUGGAUUUUCAUCGACCAUACCUGGCUGGAAAGCAUACUUAAAUGUCGACGUUGCUCAUAAAGCGUUUCCUUCGCCUGAGAACGUUGCUAAAAUAAUAACCGAUAUGGUUAACGAGUUUAAAGGUUUGUCGGGCUCAAGCUCAGGUUAUCCGACCAGACCAAGUUAUUCGAAACCAAGUUAUUCGAGACAACAGACUCCUCUGACACCAGGAGAAAUAAGAUUAGAAAAUUCACCGGAAAUGGAGAAAAUUGAUAAAUUCUUAAAGGGUUUAAAAGUGACUUAUGAAAUACCCAACCAAGUGCGUUCAAAACGGACGUAUCGCUUAAAUGGAUUAGGCCCACGCCCUGAUCAACAUAAAUUCGAAUGUAAUAAUGAGAUAAUCACAAUAACUAAAUAUUUUGCGGAGCACAAAAUGUAUAAGUUAAAAUAUCCUCAAAUGCCUUGUCUUUGGGCAGGCGCAAAGGACAGAGAGGAAAAGAUCUUUUUACCCGCUGAAUUAUGUAUAAUUACGCCUGGUCAGUCGUAUAAUAGAAAACUAGAUGAUGGACAAACAACAAAAAUGAUUAAACAAACAGCGAAAUCCGCACCUGAACGCAGACUGAAAAUUGAAGAUGCGUUCAAAAAACUCAAUGUGAAUCAAAGUUCCACAGUAAGACAAGAGUUCAAUCUAUCUGUCUGUCCAAACAUGAAAGAGGUGGAUGCUCGAAUCUUACCUCCUCCGCAAUUGAAAUAUAAAAAAGGUAAAGACACCACAUCAGUCACACCAAUCAAGGGAAUAUGGCAUUUGCAUCAAUUUAUACAACCCGAAAAUCUAAGUCCCCGUUUGUGGACUAUUCUCGAUUUGAGCAGAAAUUACAUAGACAAAACUCGAGACUCAGGGGAUAGAACUAAUGACCGGAUGUUUCUUGAUUUGACACAAAUAGUCAUAAGCACUGCUAAGGACGUUGGUAUGGAGAUUGGAGAGGCUUUGACGUCACAAUUCAAGGCGAUAAGUAACAGAGCUACAGCUGAGAUUACAAAAUACUUUCGUGAUUGUAAAGAAAAAAAAUUGAAACUGAUAAUAGUUAUUAUACCUGCUCAAACAGAUGUAACUUAUAGUAAAGUAAAACAGAUUACAGAAUUAGAAAUAGGUAUUUUGACACAAUGCAUAAAGUAUGAUACCACCACGAGGAAGAUGAAUCCUUCAACAGUAAAGAAUAUUCUUCUAAAAAUAAAUUCGAAAUUAAAUGGCAUUAAUCAUAUAUUCGGUAAUAUGCCAAUGUGUCUACAGAAUAAUUCCUGUUGUAUGCUUGUUGGCGCCGAUGUGACUCAUCCUUCUCCCGAUUCUGUCGAUAUACCCUCUAUAGCAGCGGUUGCUGCAAGUCAAGACAUUCAAGCCUUUCAGUACAAUGCUGCACUUAGGCUUCAACAGCCCAAAGAGGAAAUGAUUUUAGAUCUCGAAGAUAUAAUAACAUCACAAAUAUGUAUCUACAAGGACAAAACGAAGUUUCUACCCAAAAAAAUUAUCUAUUAUCGAGAUGGAGUCAGUGAAGGGCAGCUCCCGCAAGUCAUGCACUUCGAAAUAAAUGCUAUUAGACGUGCGUGCAAGAAAUUUGAAACACCUAAAGAUAUUGAAAUUACUUGUCUAAUUGUUCAAAAAAGACAUCAUGUGCGUCUCUUCCCUACACGCCAGCAAGAUUCGGACGAUAGAAAUGGAAAUGUAAAAGCGGGUACAAUUGUAGACACCGAGAUCACACAUCCGAAUCAUAUUGAUUUUUAUCUAGUUUCACACGCGAGUAUUCAGGGUACAGCAAGGCCUACCAAAUACAGAUGCAUAUGUAACGAUUCCAACUAUACCGAAAAUGAGAUUGAGGAAUUGACAUAUUAUCUUUGUCAUAUGUAUGCGCGCUGUGCAAGAUCGGUGAGCUAUCCUGCGCCGACUUACUAUGCUCACUUAGCAGCUUAUCGUGGAAGAGCUUUGAUACAAGGAAUCAACAUUCGCUUGAAUAAUUUGGAUGCGGAGCAGGAGAAAUUGAAAAUGAAAUUGCCAGAAACGAUAAUGUAUUACAUUUAAAAACAUAUAUAUUAGGGAUGCACCGGAUAGUGAUUUUACCGGAUAGCCGGAUAUAGGAUAAACGUAUACUCUCGCGACCGGAUACCGGAUAAUCCGGCUGGACACUAUUUUUUCGGAUAAACCGGAUAUUAUCCGGCAGAAACAUUCCAAUAUUUAAAAAA